AUGGAGUGCAACAAUAAGAAUCUAUACCUUCAUGCUCCUACUUUCAUUGAGUGGCUCAAACCAUGUACUUCUCCUAACACAAUAUCUACUUCUUCUUCAUCAUCUUUUUCUUCUUCUUUUUCCUUCCCCUGGCAUGACUUUGUUCAUGAAACCAUCCAAUUCUUGCCCAUUUUAACUGAAAAGGCCUCAAAAGAUGAAUACCAUCAUCAAAGUUUUGAGGUGAAAGAGGAAAAGCUUGAACAAGUCUCUGUGGCUUUGCACAUUGGUUUGCCUGACAGUGCUAAAAGGCAUCAUGAGGUUGUUGAUGAUGAUGAUGAGAAGAUGAUUUUCCAUGUCAAGGAAGAAGAAGCCUCCUCCAAGAGAAGCUUCCAUGGCUGCUCCUUUAACCAAGAGAGAAGGUUCUGGAUUCCAACUCCAGCACAGAUCCUCGUUGAACCGAUGCAGUUUUCUUGCUCCAUAUGCAGCAAAACCUUCAUUAGGUAUAACAACAUGCAGCUACAUAUGUGGAGUCAUGGAUCAGAAUUUAGGAAAGAAACACAUGCACUGAAAGGAACACAAUCAACAACAAUGUUAAGGUUGCCAUGUUACUGCUGCGCGCACGGUUGCGAGUACAACAUCAACAAUCCAACGGCGAAGCCUUUGAAAGACUUCAGAACCCUCCAAAGGCACUACAAAAGGAGGCACGGCACAAAGCCUUUUAUGUGCAGAAAAUGUGGGAAAACAUUUGCAGUGAAAGGUGAUUGGAGAAGUCAUGAGAAGACCUGUGGCAAGUUGUGGUACUGCACUUGUGACUCAUACUUCAAGAACCAAAGAUCACUUAAUAAGGACCAUAUUAGGUCCUUUGGAAAGGGACACAACCCUCAUCCUCCCUUUGAAGCUUUAGAGGAUGAGAAGGAAUGCAUCACUGGCUCUGAUGAAGAUGAGAUCAAUGCUCAUGCAUGAUCUGAUUAACAUUCU